CCACCCACCAGAGGGGAUGCGCUCCCCCGCACCGAGCAGCAGAGGCCACCGCUCCCAGAAAUGUAUGCGUCCGAUCCCCUUCUCUCGACCCCGAGGAGCUGGCGACCCCGCCCAGUAGGGUUAUGACGCUUUGAUUUAAAAGGACUUUUCCAAAUACUUACUUUGCACUUUUGAUUGUGUAUUAUGGAUACCAAGGAAGAGAAGAAGGAACGGAAACAAAGUUAUUUUGCUCGAUUGAAAAAGAAAAAACAAGCCAAACAAAAUGCAGAAACACCCUCAGCUACAGCUACAAGGAGUCAUACUGGAAAAGAAGAUGCUAAUGCAGUCAUUUUAGAACAAGAUAAGUACAAUAUUGCUGUGCAAGAGGAUGAAUAUAUUACUGAUGAGAAAAAAAAGAGAAAGAAUAAUCAGUUAAAGGAGAUCAGACGUACAGAGUUAAAGAGAUACUAUAAUAUUGAUGACAAUCAGAACAAAACACAUGAUAAAAAAGAGAAGAAGAUGGUGGUUCAGAAGCCACAUGGUACUAUGGAAUACACUACUGGAAGCCAGGACACUCUAAACUCCAUAGCACUGAAGUUUAACAUCACUCCCAAUAAACUAGUAGAACUGAACAAACUUUUCACUCAUACUAUUGUUCCAGGCCAGGUUCUUUUUGUGCCAGAUGCCAACUUUCCUUCCAGUACCUUAAGGUUAUCAUCAUCCAGCCCUGGUGCUACUGUCUCUCCGUCAUCAUCAGAUGCAGAAUAUGAUAAACUGCCUGAUGCUGAUUUAGCAAGAAAGGCCUUAAAACCUAUUGAAAGAGUCUUAUCAUCUGCGUCUGAAGAAGAUGAGCCAGGCGUCGUAAAAUUUUUAAAAAUGAACUGUCGAUACUUCACUGAUGGAAAGGGUGUAGUUGGAGGCGUCAUGAUUGUCACUCCUAACAACAUCAUGUUUGACCCUCACAAGUCUGAUCCCCUGGUUAUUGAAAAUGGGUGUGAGGAGUACGGCCUCAUCUGCCCCAUGGAAGAGGUGGUUUCCAUUGCCCUCUACAAUGACAUUUCCCACAUGAAGAUCAAAGAUGCCUUACCCUCUGACCUACCUCAGGAUCUUUGUCCUCUGUACAGGCCUGGAGAAUGGGAAGACUUGGCUUCUGAAAAGGAUAUAAACCCAUUCAGUAAGUUUAAAUAUCUCAACAAGGAAAAACGGCAGCAGCAUGGAGAGAGAACCAUCAAUACAGAUUCUAAAUCAACAAGACCUUUGGAGAAGUUAACCGAUGAUACACAUACAAAGCCCUCAGGCAGCCCUGUGUCAGGAAAGUUAAAGAAACUGGAAUCCUCUAUAGAGGCAACCAGUAGAUCUACCACCGUGACUGGGGUCAGCAAGGAACCUCCUGACACUGCAUUUGAAUCUAUAGCCAAAGAAAACUCCCUUUUAGUGGAAGAUGAUGACUUCGUUGACCUGGAGGAACUUUCUUCUCAAACUGAUAGUGGAAUGGAUAAAAGAGACAAUGCAAAGGAGUGCCUUGAUCCAGAGGACCUAAGCAAAGCUAAGUCCCAAAUCAUCAGUUCUGCUACAGAAAGGCAGGUGCAGUCAGCCCUGAACUUUUCAGGAACAGAGAGUGAUGCUGAACUGAAAGGGGCCCUAGAUUUAGAAACCUGUGAGAAACAAGAUACAAUACCAGAAGUGGACAAGCAAUCUGGUUCCCCAGAAAGCCAGGUGGAAAACACACUGAACAUACAUGAAGAUCUAGAUAAAGUUAAACUCAUCGAGUAUUACCUUAAUAAGAACAAAGAAGGAUCACAGUUACCUGAAAACUUGCUAAAGGCAGAAUUAGGUGAUGACAAAAGCAUUGAACCCAUAGGAAUAGACAUCACCCUUAGUAGUUCUCUUCCCCAAGCAGGUGAUCCCUCAACUGAGGAAAAUAAAGAGACAGAUAAAACCUGGAUGAAAGAGAGCCCACUCCUUCCGCUGCAACUGGGCCCUUCUACAGGAGAAAAUAUGAUUAAAGAGUCUCUGGACUCCUCUUUGGAGUCUUCUCUGGACAAUAGCUGCCAAGGUGCACAAAUGGAUAAUAAAUCGGAAAUUCAGUUAUGGCUAUUAAAGAGAAUUCAGGUACCCAUUGAAGAUAUACUUCCUUCAAAAGAAGAGAAAAGCAAGACUCCUCCCAUGUUUCUGUGCAUCAAGGUGGGAAAACCGAUGAGAAAAUCCUUUGCCACCCACUCUGCCGCCAUGGUCCAACAGUAUGGCAGACGAAGAAAGCAGCCAGAGUACUGGUUUGCCGUUCCUCGGGAGAGGGUGGAUCACUUGUACACGUUCUUUGUUCAAUGGUCUCCUGACGUCUAUGGGAAAGAUGCCAAAGAGCAAGGCUUUGUGGUAGUGGAAAAGGAAGAACUUAAUAUGAUUGACAACUUCUUCAGUGAGCCGACGACCAAGAGCUGGGAGAUCAUCACUGUUGAGGAGGCAAAGCGCAGGAAGAGCACGUGCAGCUACUAUGAUGACGAGGAGGAGGAGGUGCUGCCGAUCCUGCAGCCCCACAGUGCUCUCCUGGAGAACAUGCACAUAGAGCAGCUAGCCCGACGCCUUCCAGCAAGGGUGCAGGGGUAUCCGUGGAGACUUGCAUAUAGCACGUUAGAGCAUGGCACCAGCUUGAAAACUCUAUAUCGGAAAUGUGCAUUGCUAGAUAGUCCUGUUCUAUUGGUCAUCAAAGAUAUGGAUAAUCAGAUUUUUGGAGCAUAUGCAACUCAUCCUUUCAAGUUCAGUGACCACUACUAUGGCACAGGCGAAACUUUUCUCUACACUUUUAGCCCCAAUUUCAAGGUCUUUAAGUGGAGUGGAGAAAACUCAUACUUUAUCAAUGGAGACAUAAGUUCUUUAGAGCUUGGUGGUGGAGGGGGAAGAUUUGGUUUAUGGCUAGAUGCUGAUUUAUACCAUGGACGAAGCAACUCCUGCAGCACUUUCAAUAAUGAUAUUCUUUCUAAAAAGGAAGAUUUCAUAGUUCAGGACCUAGAGGUAUGGACAUUUGAGUGAGAUUGAGAAUGCCUUAAGAUAUAACAUGAAAAAGACUGAGUUCGGUCAGCCUCACUAAUGCUGGCUGGAAGAUGAAGUUCUGGCCCAGGCUGCCUCAUCCUAUCAUAACGCUUUCUUUCUGCCGUCAUCUCAGAGAACGAUCACAUUGCAGAAAGAUUCAGAAAGGUACAUGUGGAGGGCAGACACUGAAGAAAGAAAUUUGAAGUUCAGAUUAUACCCCCACUUGCUUCACAUCCAUCCCGUGAGGAAUCAGAGUGUUUAUAAAAUGUAUGAGUUGAAUGCAAUUUUUAUUUUUGGUAACUGUCGUGGGGGCGGGCAGAGGAAGGGAAGAGACUGUGGAAAUAUAUACAUGCCUUGGAUAUUUAUCAGCGUAAUUUUCAUUACCAAAAUGUAUAGCAUACUAUUGUUUGCCCUGGAGGAUGUCUUAUUUAGAAAAAUGAAAGUGCACAGCACUUAAAGGGAAUGUAUGAUUUUUUUGAAACUGUUUUAUUUAUUAUUUUUAAUACAUUGUCGGAAAUGUGUUGGCAGUUGUUUUUUCUUUUAUUGUGUCAAAUCUUAAAAUAUAUGUAUAGAUUUUGUACUGUGUUUUGGCAACAAAUCCAUUUGAUUUCUAUAAUUUUAUAUUGAAUUUUUUUUUUUUUUUGCCCUGAUUGUUCAGGGUGAUAUGUCUUAAACAGCAUAUGUAUAUUGAGUGCAUAAUUCUGAAUUUUUUGAAACUCAUCGUCAGUGUUCAUUGAUUUGACUAGUGUAGGCUGUUAAAAAGGUACUUUUUAGUUACUUACCAUGAACAUAUUUAUAUGCAUGUGUAAAGAAGAAAGAGCCAUUUUUCACAGCCAUAAGUUGAUGUUUAUAAAAAUGGAUACCUUUGUGAACUUAGACUCUGCUUCUGAGAAGAAAGUGUUUUGCUUCUUCUAAAAUCAUGCGUCUUAAACAAAAACUUUAUGUCCAUGGUUGUUUUGCAUAAUUUUCCCCAAGUUUUCACAUUAGCAAGCAGGCCUUCAUUCAAAAAGAAUCGAAUGUUUUAAUUUCUACAGUUUUUAAAUCAAAUGAAAAAUUUUAAAUGAGCCCAAUAGUCUUCAUUUCUAGACUCUUUUAUAUGAGUGAAAGCAAUGCAAAGAAAUGCAUUCAUACAAAAAUUGGAAUAAAAAGGGAAACCUUUUUUUAAUUAACUCAUUUUCACAUCACUAAACAACUCCUUUAUUAAAAAUAAUAACAAUAAUAGUAAUAAAACCUUGUCAAAAACUUAACCAAUAUUAUUGAUUGCCAGAAUUUGAUGAAAGCCAAAGACUGCUAAUGGAAAAAAAUUUCAAAUAAUAGCCAAAGCUGAGAAGUGGUCUGUCCUAAAUUGUAUCCCUAAUGAUCUUUGAGGGGAAAAAUUAAUAAGUAGUAUUUACACACCUGUGAGUGUUAAGUUCUUAGAAUAUUAGACUUAAGCCGGCAGAAUAUUUCUUUUAGGUUAUUCUCUCAUUUUAGACUGUUCAUAAAAGGGAACAAACAAAUUACCAGGUAGUCUCCUGUCAGAUCAGCAAGUACUGGACUCUGUUCACAGUCCAUGUGAUUUUAAGUGAAUGCUAUAAAAUUUCAAAUCUGUAUGUAGCCUGGGUGUGCUUUUCACCCAUGAUCUCCUAUUGAGAACUCUCAAUUAGCAAGAUACUGGCAGUUUAACCUUAAUCUGCUUCUUAAGUAAUGUUUUAGUGUGAGAUACCAGGAAUGUCUCAUAAUGAUUACGGUUACCAUUUAUGCCAUUUGCAGCCAUGUGCUAUUAGCAAACAAAAUGAUCAUUUUGCAUAUAGUUCACUCUUAUCUAGUUUAGUCCAUGAUACUAUACUUGUGAGAGCAUAUCCAGAUGCUGUGUUCUCUAUUAUAAACAGUAUUGUUCAAUCAGAAAUGCGUGAUCCUUCAUUUAUGGAUAUUGAAUAUAUGUAAUGCAGUGCUAUCCCAGUAUUUUCAAUAAAGGAAUUUAUGCAUUCAGUGUGAUUUUCUUUCUUGAGGAUUAAUUCAGCAGGUAUUUGUUAGGUGAAAGGAUGAUGAAAUAUCCAACGAUAAGCAAAGUGCAAUGCUUAUGUUUUCAUUGCUGCCUUGGAACUCCCACUUCAUUCCCUGUAGCCAGCCUCUUAUUCUUUUACCAGUUCAUAGAAACUAUACCUAUUACAGUUACUAGAGACCACUCUUGGCUCUGUCUACCACCCUCUUCUCUAUUCUUAAUCCUUCUAGCCUUUCUGUGAAUAGUGACUUCCUCCUUUUACCAUCUCUCUUGACCCACUUUCUGAUUUUCACAAGGGGAUCUCACCUGCUGAUAAAGUUUCUUUAUCAUCUUGUUGGUUACACUACAACUCCACUACCAGCCUGCCACCAAGCUCCUAAAGAUGAAGAUCCCCAAACAGUCAUUAUUGUUUCUCAAUUCCUCACGUCAUAAGUUCAUAUCAAAGAAUUGGGGUGGGAGGAGUUAACCAAAUGUUUCAUCAGCCUCUGUUGAAAAUUAUUUAGACACGUCUUUAUGCUCCAAGCCACCAGGGACACCCUAAACUAGUGUGAGAAGUAUGAUUGCCUUUCAUUUGUUUUCCCUUUCCUUGAUUCAUCCAGCUCUAAAGGCACAUGCAGCAAGACUAAUAAUGAACUACUUUCCUUUUGAGGAAGGCAUUGAGACUCUCUUAAACCAGAAAGGAAAGCUGAGACUCAUAGACCUUCUUAAGAUGCCUAACCCAUUUUGACCAAUAUAAUCAGAUGAAGCAAGAUAAGGAGGUCAAAAGCCAAGGGAAGUUCCAGAAAGUUUAAGAUAGGGCAGCCACACUCAAUUAUUGUGCAAAUAUAAAAAAAUGGCUUUAACCACUUCCUUCUGCCCUACUGGGUCACGUAUCUUUUCUCACUCAGGGAAAGCCCUAACCUCAAGAGACCACAUCCUCUGUUCCUACCUCCUUGCCUAUAACCAUUAUCCAUAGUGAUUCCUAAAAGUAGGUGAGUUUUCCUGGGAAAAUCAACCUUCUCAAUGCACACCAAAAUUUAAGGUCCUACUCCUUCCCUUUCUAUUUCAAAUCUCUAAUGGUUCAAAACAAAAACUAGACAGGGCCUCCCUAGUAUGGUCGACAAAGUUAUCGAAAUGGUGUUUCUUUAGGGACCUAUUGUUUAUCUUCCAGAUCCAAUAGAACUUUCAGCAAUGAUAGAAAUGUUCCAUGAAUCUGCACUGUCCAGUACAGUAGCUACUAUUCACAUGUGUCUGUUGAGCACUUGAAAUGUGACUUGGGUGACUGAGGAACUGAAGUUUUAAUUUUAUUGAAUUUUAAUUCAAUUUAAAUGGCCACAGGUGGACAGUGACUACCAUAUUGAACAGAGCAGCUCUCGAUUAAGAUGUUAGUGCCAAGUCGUAUUUUCAUUAGCAAUUAACUCAGGCUGUUACUCCCACACCAGAAGAGAACCUUUGCUUCCAGACACUUUGUCUCUGGCAUUAUGGAUCUUCACACAGCUUGGCAGCCCCUAACAUGUCUCUAUGUAGGUAACAAAAAAAACAGAAAAACUCACGGCAACCCCAUGUCUUUCGGAGUAGAACUGUUGCUCCAUAGGGUUAUAAAUGGCUAAAAUCUUACAGAAGUAA